AUGAUACCGAAGGGAACCCCAUAUACUAGGAGAUCCUCACAUGUAUCUGCUCCUUCCACGCCAUUACCACCAUCACCAUCGGUAAGAUCUACAUCUUCAUUUUCCAAUUUGAGAAGACCCACCCGGACAAACUCCAUCUGUUCUUCAGCAGCAAGCAGUCGUAGUAGUUCCCCACUUCGUUCCUCCACAUCCAAAUCAGAGACACAAUUUCUGCCACCACGACGUCUCACGACGAUCAAACGAACCUCGAGUCUCAGCAGUAACAACACCAGCAACAAUAACACGACAUACAGAGGAACCAUCACGGUUGCCAUCAGACCUAAACCCACCCCACCCACUCACUUUUCCAAUUCAUGGCUCGUGACAGACCCAGAGACGAUAGUACACGACGACAUGGGUGAAUUCAAAUUCGACCAUGUGUACUCUCCACACGUCAGCAACUUAGAGAUCUACGAAAGUAUCAACAAACCCAUGAUAGAUAAGUUAUUCCAGGGGUUCAAUGCCACUGUGUUUGCGUACGGGAUGACUGGGUCAGGGAAGACGUACACUAUGAUGGGUAGUGGUGGUGAUGGUGGCGAUGACGAUGGGUUGAUUCCAUUGUCUGUUUCUUAUUUGUUUAGUAAAGUUAUUGAAGUUGGGUUGGUUGGUGAGAGAAAGUUUGAUGUUUUGCUUUCUUAUUUGGAAAUUUACAAUGAGAGGAUAUAUGAUUUAUUGGAUUCUGAAUCGUUGGUAGGUGGAACCACGACGCCCUCUAGGGGAUUUGGUAGUGGUGGUGGGAGGAAUGAGAGUGUUAGUACUAAUGAAUUGAAGAUACGAGAUGAUUCGAAGUAUGGUGUUCGUGUCAUGGGGCUGCGAGAACAAAGGUGUGAGAGCAGUGAAGAGUUGAUGAAAUGGAUAAGAAGAGGUGACAGUCAUCGUAAGACUGCAGAGACGGAUUAUAAUGCUAGAAGUUCGCGGUCGCAUGCUAUUGUGUUGAUACGGUUGACUAAUACGAAUGUCAUUGAUGGGACUUCUAUUUCCAGUACGUUAUCGUUAUGUGAUUUGGCAGGUUCUGAAAGAGCUACGGGCCAGCAAGAACGACGUAAAGAAGGUGCAUUUAUCAAUAAAUCAUUGUUAGCGUUGGGGACAGUCAUUUCCAAGUUGAGUGCAGAGUCCACUGCGGCAUCGCAUGGGAACAGUCCCAAUGCCAAUGGUAAUGGUCACAUCCCAUAUAGAGAUUCUAAAUUGACUAGAAUUUUACAACCUGCGUUGAGUGGAGACAGUAUUGUCACCACGAUAUGUACCAUUGAUACUCAAAAGGAAUCUGCUGCGGAAACCUUAAACACUCUAAGGUUCGCCUCUAGGGCGAAGAACGUUUCCCUACAUGUCAAUAGGAAGCCUCUAAUGAAUUCCACGGAUGGUAAUGAUAAAGAUCAAAGGAUUGCCAAAUUAAAUAAGAUUAUAGAGGAGCAACAACAGUUGAUCUCCCAAUUGAAGACAAAUGGUGGCAACAAGUCUGUUGGAUUAGGACUAGGACUAGGUGUGAGUACGGCCCAUGGCAGUGGGGUUCGUGUCACUAAGGAGAUCAUGAACCCCAACAUCACGUUGCUGCGAGCUGAGAACAAAGUAUUGAAGUACAAAUUGGAGAAUUGUGAAAAGUUACUGGAUAAGGAUACACUAGAGCUGCAGGAUUCUGAUUUAACCGAGAUCGUCGACAUGUUGCCCGCCGGGGUAGGCAGUUUAUUGGAGACCAAGAUCCAGGGCCUGCAAUCGCAGCUCCGUCAGUACAGACGGUAUGUGGGCCAGUUGGAGACGCAAUUAAGCCUGACGACGUCCAGAACGGAGGCAGAUAAGGAGAACUACGUGGCGGCUGGGAAGAACGACGAGAUCCAGGAACUGCGUCGGAUGCUGGAACGCAAGGACAAGAUCAUCACUGCCUUGCAGAGUGCCAAGCGGAUGAGAGACAGAGCUUUGAAGCCCAUGUCGUGA